AUGCUGUGCUGUGCUUCCCUCCGCGAUGCAGCUUCCACACAGACUCCAUUUUCCACACAGCUGCCUUCCGCGAUGGAGCUCUUCUUCCACCAUCCAGCUGCCCUCAACCAUGGAGUUGCCUCCCACCACACAGCUCCCAUCCUCCACAGAGUUCCCCUCCACCGUGAAGACGCAGCCGGAAUGCUGAUCAAUCUGGCGGAUUUGCUUGUGCGCUCCCUCAUGAUCAUGGGGAGUUUCAAGUGGGAGCGCUACGCGGAUGAGAUCAAGCCGCUGGAUGACGUGCUUCAGCCCGACUGGUCUAACUCCAGCAGGGGAUACAGGGCGCUGGAUGAGGGAGUCGGUCGGGGAGACUCCGGGGGUUCGGAACGUGAGGAGUUCGAGUUUUCGUCUCUUUCCGGAGGGUUGUCGGUUUCAUGUCGUGUUCGGGUGGAGGAAAUGGAAGAGAUGCUAUCCCCCCUAUGGUUGCUUCUCGACUGCAUGCCCGUGGAGGUCUUCCCAAACCCCCGUGGCUUUCCACCCGUUGCCCCCGGAGGUCAUCCGGCCCGUAUUUUGCCUCUACACCCGCCGGAAUCCUACCGCGUGCCACGUACGCACUUGAGGACGAACGAGACGAGGAGGCUGGAAGAAUCCCCUUUCGAUUCGAGGCAGCCAGUCGUGUUGCUCACUCACGGGUUCCUGGAACACGGAAGGAAGGCAUGGCUACUGGAUAUAACGAGGGAGCUGCUGAAGUUGAAAGACCUGAACGUCAUAGUGCUGAGUUGGCUCGGGGGAUCCGGACCGCCUUACACCCAAGCGGCGGCCAAUACCCGACUCGUUGGGGUCAUGGCAGCUCAUUUCCUCGCCUUCCUCGCCAGGGAAGCGGGAACACGAAUGGAGGAGGUGCACGUGGUGGGUCACAGCCUGGGAUCUCACCUGGCCUCGUACAUCGGAUCCUCGGUCAAGGACAUGGGACUCGGGAAACUAGGUCGCAUCACGGGUCUUGAUCCGGCUCAAGUUCAUUUCGAAGACGCGGAUCCCCGCGUGAGACUGGAUCCGGAGGAUGCCCUCUUCGUGGAUGUCAUUCACACCGACGCUGCUCCUGUCGCUGCAGGAGGAUGGGGGAUUCUGCAGCCGUUGGGGCACGUGGAUUUCUAUCCCAAUUCGGGGGCUCGUAUGCCGGGUUGUGAAUCGUCUCUUCCGGAGGUUGUCAGCGUCAGCGAUUCCGUCACGGAUGGUUUGAUACGGUUCCUGGUUUGCAAUCACGUGAGGGCCAUCGACUACUUCACCGAGUCCAUCAAUUCUCAAUGCCCUUUCCUCGCUCAUCAGUGCUCCGAUUGGGUCGAAUUCACGCAGGGAGGAUGUGUGAGCUGUGGCCAGAAGGGAGAGAAGUGUGGUCGGAUGGGAUAUCAUGCAAGGGAAGCAUGGAAACCGGAUUUCUACGAAGAGGAAUCCCGACAACUCUACCUCUUCACUGGUCACCGACAUCCCUUCUGCGGGGUGACCCACGUGGUGACUCUGGUCGUGGCGGAUCAUCAAGCCUCUCGCAAGCAUGGAGGGGAUCUCGGCGCGUUUUACAUCACACUUCAGGGCUCUCGAGGCUCUUCCUCCAGAUUACGGCUCGGAGAUGAGGAGUUGUUUUUUGAGCCUGGCCAAAAAUUCAGUUUCCUGGUUCCAUCCACGGAGUUUGGGGAAGUCGAUGAGAUUCUUGUGGAAUGGGAACAUGGAGUAAAGGUGAUGAACCCUCUGACCUGGCGGUUCCUCUCCAAACCCAAGACAUUCAUCGAUCGGGUGGUCGUCAAGACCCUCGAACGCAACGCCACGGUGGGUUUCUGUGGCCGGGGUCGAGAGUUGGUGUCCGGGGAGGGGAUGACCAUGAAACGGGAUGACCGUGACAAAUGCCUAUAGGAACCUUUGCCCAGUGUCAGUCAUCCAACUUCUGACUGGGGGAAAGUGUCGUGGAAUUCCUUGGAAAGACCUUCAAACCGGCGUCUAAAAUACCACCUCAUCACCACUAACAUCGUCUUCAUCAGAGCCAUCAGAGAGGGGCAUUCAUGUGCAUGAUUCAAUUAAUUAAUGGACAUUCGUGCCAUUUGCAUUAUCUUCAGUAUUUUAUGCAAGACGUGGAUAUGUGUUCCCUAUCUUGAUCAUGCUCAUCCCCUCGCCAACAAUGAUCUCGUCGAAAACCG